AAAGUUGUUAUUAUCUGCGAAAGUCAAUAAACGCAGUUUCGAUCUCAUUACUUCCCAAAAUCAAAUGAUCGAAACGAAAAUUGAAGUCGAAAUCGAUUGAAAGAUCAUAGGGAAUGCAGACGAAUUGCUGCCACGUUCCGUUUGCGUUUGUUCUCAAGUUGUUGAAUUCUCUCCAAGCUUUCGUUGGAGUAUCGAUUGUUCUCUACUCAAUAUGGAUGCUGGAUCAGUGGAACCAUCACGUCCCGAUUUCUCCGCCUGCUUUAGCGCCGUCACCGUCUUCUUCUGUACCUGAUUCGGUACUCUUCAAUUCGGGACCGGAGGUUGGAGCUCAAGCAGCUAGGGUCUUCGACGGUUUAGCUGCCGGGUUGGUCUUCGGGUUGGGUGAUGGUGUCGAGUUAAACUUGAGCUCCGUUGAACUACCUGCUCCCUGGUUCAUAUACUCUUUUAUGGGAAUAGGAAUCGCAUUAUGUUGCAUUACUCUCAUCGGUUGCAUAGCUGCUGAAUCUGUUAAUGGAUGCUGCCUUUGCUUUUAUACACUUCUCAAAAUUGUUUUAAUUCUAAUUGAAGCUGCUUUGGUUGCAUUUAUUGCAAUUGACCGUAGGUGGGAGAAGGAUCUUCCAUUUGACCCAACUGGGGAACUUGAUAGCUUCCGAUCUUUUGUCGAAGACAAUGUUGAUAUAUGUAAAUGGGUUGGCCUCGGCGUGGUCGUCAUUCAAGCAUUAGCCUUGUUAGUAGCAAUAAUUUUACGGGCAAUGGUUUCUGCUAGAAGAAGAGACAUUGAAGAGGAAGAUGAUUAUGAAAGCGACCGAGGUAGAACUUGGGAGCCACUCCUGAACCCUCAGUCUAGCCACUCAUCUACGUCGGCCAAGGGUGAUGGCAGGGGAGCACAAUCUAACAUGUGGGGUUCACGAAUGAGAGAAAAGUUUGGAUUGCAGAGUGGCGGUAACUAUAAUUCACUGAAAUAGAAGGCCAUCUGCAAGUAUGAAGUUGAAGUAGAAUGAUGAUCAAGAGACUGCUCUAUCUCACAGGCGGCAGUAUCUUCCGUAUUUCAAACCGAUCAGGUACAUAUCAUCACACUCCUUUAAAUUCUUUGUAUUUCCGAAUGAAAUUUAUGUUUUGCAUAGAUCUUUGGACUCGUUCGUGUGUAUUACUGACUGUAUAAUCAUGUUUAUGAAACGAUUCUAAUGAUUGAAUCUGUUGUUACUGUUAUUCUGUCUGGG